GUACUAGGAGAGUUUGAAGAAGUAGCAAUGAGUUUUUCGAGAGAAGAUGACACUGGCGAAAAACAGCCUUGCCGGGAAAUCAAGCAAGAGCAGGCCAAUUGGUUGGAUAAGUGGGAGAGUGAGGAUGAAGAGGCCGUGUUUGAAGCAUUAUUGGAAAAAGCCGAAACUCAAGUCCUAGAAGAAAACUUUGGAGAACAAGAGGCAUCAAGGUGGGAGCAGAGAUUCCCCAUAGACAAGAGACGAAACAACGCCAUUCUCGGCGAGAGUGGGAUUUCCAGGGAGCGUGUCUUGGAGGACAGAACGCCAAUAGGAAAGCGAAGACACAUGUGCGCUAUUUGUGGGAAGGGCUUCACUCAGAAAUCCAACCUCAACCGGCAUCAGAGAACCCACGUGGGAGGAAAGACAUUUCAGUGCUUAAAGUGCGGGAAAAACUUCAAAUGGGAAACCAGUUUUAUGCGACACCAGCGAUUCCAUACCGGCGAGAAGCCUUACCCCUGUGUGGACUGCGGGAAAUGCUUCAGUCGGAGCGCAAAUCUCAUCAUUCACCAGCGGAUCCACACUGGGGAGAAACCCCACCAGUGUGUAGACUGCGGGCAGAGUUUUAGCCAGGUUUCCAAUCUUGUUCGGCACCACCGAGUCCACACCGGGGAGAAACCGUACAAAUGCCUGGAGUGCGAGAAGAGCUUCACUCAGAAAUCCAACCUCGUCAAGCAUCAGAGUGUCCAUUUGGGAGACAAGCCGCCCCGACGCUCGGCUAAUGGGAAGCGACUCAGCCAGAGGUCCAGUCAUAAGAGAUUGGACAGGGAUCCCCUUGGGGAAAAUCCCUGUCAGUGCUUCAAGUGCGGGAAGGUCUUUUCCCGGAAAGGCAACCUCCUCCGGCAUCAGAGCAUCCACACAAAAGACAAGCCGCACAAAUGCCUCGAAUGCGGGAAGCGGUUCAACCAGAGGACCAACCUGAAUGCGCAUCAAAGGAUCCAUACUGGGGAGAAACCGUACCGAUGUCCGGACUGUGGGAAGAGCUUCCGGUGGAGGGCGCACCUGAUCAUCCACAAGCGCUUGCACACCGGCGAGAAGCCGCACAAAUGCGUCGACUGUGGGCAGAGCUUCAGCCAGCGGUCCAAUCUGGUGAGGCACCUCCGAAUCCACACGGGGGAGAAGCCGUACAAGUGCUCUGAGUGCGAGAAGAGCUUUGGGCAGAAAUCCAACCUUCUCAAGCAUCAGAAGAUUCACACGGGGGACAGUGCCCUCCAUCAGCCGACCGGGAGCGUCAGACAGGACCCAAUGGGAGAGGAACCCUAUCAGUGUUUCAGGUGUGGGAAAAUGUUCACCCGCCGGGGCAACCUUCUAAGACACCAGAGCAUCCACACCCGAGAAAAACCUCACAAGUGCUCCGACUGUGGGAAGAGGUUCAAUCAGAGAGCCAACCUCACCAGCCAUCAGAGGAUACACACCGGGGAGAAACCCUUCGCCUGUCUUGAAUGUGGGAAAUGUUUUCGCCAGAGCCCUCACCUGAUUAAACACCAGAAAGUCCACGCAGAGGAGAAGGCUUCCUACAACCAUGGCUCAGAUGAUGGGGCGAGCAUCAGCCUGGAGCCGGGCCACAGGAGCCACGAGAGGAUCUACCUGAGAGGCAAUCCAUAUCAGUGCAUGAAGUGCGGGAAGAUGUUCAACUGGCAAUCGAAUUUCAUCCGGCAUCAAAAAAUCCACGCGGGCGAAGAACCGCGCCAGUGCUUGGAUUGCGGGAAGACCUUCAAUCGGAGGAAGAACUUUGUGGCUCACCAGAGAAUCCACACGAAAGAGAAGCCCCAUCAGUGCACCGAGUGCGGGCAGACCUUCACCUGGGAAGCACACCUGGUGAUCCAUCAAAGGAUCCACACGGGAGAAAAACCUCACACCUGCGUUGAGUGCGGGCAGAGUUUCAGCCAGAGGUCCAACCUCAUCCGGCAUCAGAGGAUCCACACGGGAGAGAAACCUUACGCUUGCGCUGAGUGCGGCCAGAGUUUCACGCAAAGGACGCACCUUGUGGUGCACCAGAGAACCCACACGGGGGAGAAGCCGCAUACGUGCGUGGAGUGCGGGCAAGGCUUCAGCCAGAGGGCGCACCUGAUUGUCCACCGGAGAAUCCACACGGGAGAGAAGCCGUAUCGGUGCACGGACUGCGGACAAGGCUUCUGCCAAAGAUCCAAUCUUACCAGACAUCAGAGGUCCCAUGACUGUGAGAAACAAAAAUAGGAAACGGGAAGGAACACCUCGCUGGAAGGUUGUGUCUUGAGUCUCAGUCAUCCACGCAUGAGGAAUCGGGGAUGAGGGAGAAUGGCCAUAUUCAGUUGGUAUGGUCAUUUGGUGGGGACAAACCAAAUUGGUCUUUAUGGAAGGGUCCUCCCAAGGACACACAGAGCCUGAACUAUAAAAUAUGCAGAGUUGUGAAACAGUUUGAGGGCGCCGGUGGUAUUAAACAGAAACCCCCCUCUUCAAAAUGGCUACUGGUGUCUUGACUUUUACAGCAGUGUUUCUCAAACUUAAGGUUAUUGUUUUAAGGCCGUGUUUCUCAACCUUAGCCACUUUUAAGAUAUGUGGACUUCACCUCCCAGAAUUCCCCAGCCAGCGUGGGAGUUAAAGUCCCCCUGUCUUUAAAAAGUCACCAACUUUGAGAUAUGCUGUUUUACAGAAUGACGUCACCAGUAAAAACGCACUGGUUUACCAAAUAUCCUUGCUCUUCCCUGCUGCCUUUCCGUCACUUGGCCCUCCGACAGUUCCCGCUGCCCGUCGUCGUUCCUCUUUUCUAACCCAAUGGAAGUUGAGAAAGAAAUUAUGGGAAGGAGAUUGUACGUCAGCGCCAUUAUUUCUGGAAAAAGGAGCAGCUGGGCACCAAAUUGAGGGCAGACACUGCUGAAAGAAAAACUUGGUUUGUAAAUGAACUAGAUAAGGUUGGGGAGCGCAGAGAAGAGCAGCCCCCCCUUCCAAUUCUCUCAUAUGUUCUGGGUCACAUGACUAGCAGGGAGGAGGGGCUUAAAAAGAGGAUUUCACUGGAUUCUGGGCCUCCAUUCUAAGCUCCUCCCCCUAUUAGUCAUGGGGCCCAUAGCACAGCGCAUAAAACAGUGUUUCUCAACUAUUUGGCAACUUUUAAAGCUAUUUGGACUUCAACUCCCAGAAUUCCCCAGCCAGCAUGGUUGGCAGGGGAAUUCUGGGAGUUGGAAGUCCACGCAUCUUCAAGUUGUGAAACACUGCACUGUGGGGUCCCAGGAUGCCGCACACCAAACAACUUAGUCUUGGUCCAAAGAAGAUCCUUGGGACUGUUUGCCCUGUGCAACAUUGUGACUUUGUGUUUGUGAUCACAGCCUUAGAAAAAUUCCAGGGAUGCAGCUGACACCUAAAACCAAUCCAGGAACACCCCUGUCUGAGGACUCUUAAACUCCCUUUCCUCCAAGCCUCUUCAUGCCAUUUGAAUUGCUCUCGUCCUAUGCUCCAUGGAGGUAGUUGUCAAUCUUUUUGAAUCCGCUACAGCACGAAUCAUCCCUUUUCACCCCCUGCACAAGGCCAAGCCAGGACCGCUGGGGUAUAGUAGCCAAUAUAUCCGUACUUCUCUGGCAUUUCAGAAAAUGAUGAAUGGUAUACAGGUAGACCUCGGCUUACGACCACAAUUGACCCCAAAAAUAUCUGUUGCGAAAACGGAUAGAGUCUUCUGCCCAGGCAGGGGGUUGGACUAGAUGACCUCUGAAGGCCCUUCCAACUGUUAUUCUGAAAUGUAAACUGCCUCCUUCCUUCCUCUUUCCUUCCUAAAACAUCCUCCCUCAAGUCUCGAGUCGUGAGCAGGGAAUGUCGUUUUUGGAUUUCCCCGUCAGCUCUUGAUUCUUUCCUUGGAAGAAGAAAGGCUGAGCUUAAUUCCCAGGGAGGAUGGACUUCUCUCUGUUUCUCUCUUGUGGCAACUUCAAGAUGGAGGUGGACUUCAACUC